UGUUGACGUUUUCAUCGGAAUAGCAUCCGGUUUGUAAGACAGGCUAGCUUGGAGAAACAGAAGGGUACGGCGAAAUUAUCUACUUUACACCUCGAAGUACAGAAAAGAUAGCUCGGCCGGGUCCGCUCCUCAACAAUGGACGCGGUUUUUGUCGAUUUGUCCCGUAUUCUCGGUCUGUCUUUUGUCGCGAGCUCGGCUAGUUAGCACAGCCGGCUAACUGCCCAAUUAAACACCGACAAGUGCUCGGCAGCUUGUCCGACUGCUUGACGAAGGAGAACUGUCAAGAGGAGGAAAUAAUUUACUAAUAUCUAAGAGGGUUUACCAGAGUGAUGAGAGGAGCUGGUAUGAACGGGAUCUCCCGAUGUCUGUUGGUUUGACUCCUGGUUAAAUUGGCUGUAGAUUGUGUGAAGUAAUAGUUAACGUAACGUUAAGUGAGCGGUUUGUGGAGUGGGAUUAGAAACACAGAAAACAAGACUGUUAAUUCGGCCUUGCUUGUUUUUAUUUGCAGUAGAUGAAACAUAAUAAUAUGUCGUGAUAACUGAGAAGGGUAGGAGUUUACUUGAUCGCUGUUUUGUGACGAUAAAAAUAAGUAGCAGUGUUGUAAUUAUGUUAUUGUAAUCAUAGUUAGAUUACAUGAUUUGAUUGAGUGGGUUUGCCUUAGGAAAGAGUUGAAUGUAAAGUCAGUCCUUUACAUGUCAACGUGUCACACCUGUGUACAGUAGGUCCGGGUGACAGCUUGGAAGAAUAAACAGCUGUAACUCAUAAACCUGCUCACAGGACUGGGAGCAACUUUGCACUACAAUUAGCCUAAUGCCUGGUACAUCUCUAUCAGUUACACCUCAUAACUGGUUACUUGAAAUAACAUUCCUACAAAUUAUGUAAUUACAGUUUUGGCUGUAGUUGCAAAUAUUAUAGCACGCAUUGUACAUAGUCAUCCUUUGACUUUUAGUAGUGUUUUUGGUGUUGAGUGGUGCUCAGAAACAGCUGGAUAGUGCCAUGAUGCUCUCUGUACCUGCUGAUGAUUAAAUGGUACAUCUCAGACAAAGCCCCAAAGUGCUUUAACAUGAUCUCAGAGGUAUAGCAUUAAUGGGAUGGUGCAGAUUUAUGUUUCUUAGUUGUUUUGUUAGUUUGAGGUGUUUGGUUAGGGCAGUAGUAAUGACAAGCUAUUUGCUCUGUGACUGACUGUGAGCCAAACUGUAGUUGUAUGUUUUUUGCUGCCAUCUUUUCCACCCACCGCAAUGCCGGCUGUACUGUUCUGCCUGAUGCUGCUUGGAGCAUUAUGCAACCUCGGACAGGCCAUGUCACGGGAGGAGAAGCACAGGUUAAGGAACCAAGUGAUUGAGAUGUUUGACCAUGCAUAUCAGAAUUAUAUGGACCAUGCAUACCCAGCAGAUGAGCUGAUGCCCCUAACAUGCAGAGGAAGAGUACGCGGGCUUGAACCCAGUCGAGGUGACGUUGACGACGCUCUGGGAAAGUUCUCUCUGACGCUGAUAGACACGCUGGAUACUCUGGUGCUCUUGAACAAGACGACAGAGUUUGAGGCUGCAGUGAGGAGAGUGCUGUCAGAUGUGAGGCUGGACAAUGACAUCGUGGUGUCGGUCUUCGAAACCAACAUUCGAGUUCUUGGAGGUCUGUUGGGAGGACACUCCAUGGCUGUGAUGCUAAAGGAUGGAGGUCAGCACAUGCAGUGGUACCAGGAUGAGCUCCUGCACAUGGCUAAAGACCUGGGCCUCCGACUACUGCCAGCCUUCAACACCAGCAGUGGCCUGCCUUAUCCCAGGGUGAACUUGAAAUAUGGUGUCAGAGGUCCUGAGACAAGAACAGGCACAGAAACAGACACCUGCACUGCGUGCGCAGGAACCAUCAUCCUGGAGUUUGCUGCCUUAAGUCGCUUCACUGGUGAUCCUGUUUUUGAGGCCCACGCCCGGAGAGCCCUGGACUUUCUGUGGGAGAAGAGACAGAGAAACAGCAAUCUGGUGGGAACCACGAUCAACAUCCACUCUGGAGAGUGGGUCCGCAGGGACAGCGGAGUGGGAGCGGGAAUUGACUCAUACUAUGAAUACCUGCUAAAGGCUUACAUCCUCUUGGGAGAUGACCUGUUUCUGCAGCGGUUCAAUAUUCACUAUGCUUCCAUAAUGAAGUACAUUAGUCAGCCUCCACUGCUGCUGGAUGUCCACAUCCACAAACCUCUGCUUCCUGCUCGCACGUGGAUGGACUCUCUGCUAGCCUUCUUCCCUGGACUGCAGGUGUUGAAGGGAGACAUCCGUCCUGCCAUCGAGACUCAUGAGAUGUUGUAUCAAGUUACAAAGAAACACAACUUUCUCCCAGAGGCCUUCACUACUGAUUUCAGGGUACACUGGGCCCAACAUCCCCUGAGGCCUGAGUUUGCAGAGAGCACCUAUUUCCUUUACAAGGCCACAGGGGACCCUUAUUACCUCGAGGCAGGUCGCACCAUCCUGGACAACCUCAACCGCUUUGCUCGUGUUCCCUGCGGCUUCGCUGCAAUGAAGGACGUGCGCACAGGGAGCCACGAGGACAGAAUGGACUCAUUCUUCCUCGCCGAGAUGUUCAAAUACCUCUUCCUGCUGUUUGCUGACACGGAGGACUUACCGUUUGACGUGGAGGACUACGUCUUCACAACCGAGGCCCACCUGCUGCCCCUGUCUCUCUCCACAGCCCCUCACUCUUCAUCUAUUCCUUCAAACAGAACUUCAGAGGAGGAGCUGGAUGACUCUAACUUCGACUGGACCUGCCCUAACACUCGCCUUCUGUUUCCUGACCCUGCCUUUCCUCGCAACCUGAGAGAACCAAUCCGUAGUGCUGUGGACAAGAGCUGCCCCCGGCCUGCUCCUUACAGGGAGCCCGGCAUGGGUCGUCCUCCCCUGAGGGCUCAGGACUUCAUGGCAAACAACCCUGAACAUCUGGAGCUGCUGAGGAGAAUGGGAGUCAGUCUCAUCCACCUGAAAGAUGGCAGGGUGCAGCUGGUCCAGCAUGCUACACAGGCGGUGAGUGCGGUAGCAGCGGAGGACGGCGUGCGCUUCAUGCAGGAGAUGAUGGAGCUGUCCAGCCAGCAGCAGAAAGAGCAGCUGCCUCCAAGAGCCAUUCAGAUCGUCUCACAUCCAUUCUUUGGCAGGGUUGUGCUGACCGCCGGCCCAGCGCAGUUUGGCACAGACCUGUCCAAAAGUUCCACAGGGGUACGAGGCUUUGUGACUGUGGCUGAACCCUACAGUGGCUGUACUGAGAUCACCAAUGCUGAGUACGUCCAGGGCCACAUUGCUCUGCUUCAGAGGGGUCAGUGCAUGUUUGCAGAGAAGGCCCGACACAUCCAGAAGGCUGGCGCCAUCGGAGGCAUAGUCAUCGAUGACAACGAGGGCAGCAGCAGCGACACAGCUCCCCUCUUUCAGAUGGCAGGGGACGGCCGCAGUACGGAUGACAUCACCUUGCCUCUCCUUUUCCUCUUCCACAAGGAAGGCAACAUCCUGUUGGAGGCGCUGAAGGAGUACAGGGAGGUGGAGGUGCUGCUGAGCGACAAAGCCAGAGACAGAGCAGCCAUAUUCAAAGGUAAACCUCUUCCUGGCAGCCUGAUUGAGGGCAGUGUGGACGUGCAAGAAGCGGAGGAAGACUGCUUAACCGAGGCAACAACUCCCACCUCGUUUGAACCUGUUAGCCAAUCGCAAAUGAGCACGCUGGAGCAGGACGAAUUGGCUCCUGAGGAGGUUACUCCAUCACAGGAGGAAGUCAGUCCUGUAGAUCAAGACACUAGUCCUGCAGAGGAGGUCAGGCCACCGGAAGAGGAAGCCAGUCCUGCGGGGGCAGAGGCCGAUUUGGCACAGCCCAAAGAGGAGAGAGACUCUGAGAAGACAGAGGAGCCCGAGGGCGACACAGACUCAAGCAGCCAGUCAGUGGAUGAACUGCUGGCUGAUUGGCGGGAAGACUUGGAGGCUUUCCAGCAGAUGGAGAAGGAUGAGCUCUGACAGUCGUCGGGCAUGUCGUGCCCUGUGACUGCGGUUGGAUCCCACUGUGGAGAGAGAAACCUGGAGGGGACGCAUCUUCACAAGUCUCCAGUGUCAAUCUGGUGAACUCAGAGGAAGCUGGGGAGAUGUCUGUCAUGACCGUUAGUUCUCUUGCUCUCUGUGGAUGGUUAUCACGUGCCAAGGCAGCCCACAUACUGUAUCUCUGGACCAUAAGGGAGUCCUGUUUAGCCUGGUAGUUCAUGGAUGAGAGACCAGGGUUCUUACCUCAUGUUCUCAUACAGUUUCAGUUAAUCUGUCAUAACGAAGCCUAAUGAAUGACAUGGACCAGACUGUGUGUAAAACAGCGUCUCACUUCCACUCCAAAUUACUUCUCUGUUCUUCUGUCUAUGCAUUUCUAAAUCCUUUUUGCUCAAACGAAUGCUGGUCCAACAACUACUAAUUAAACCAUCGACCAAUUAGUUUUAUUUUAAAUGUGAUGAUUAUUUGUGACGAUACAUUUACUGUCUUUGUGGUCCUGGGCCUAAAUCAUUAUGUACACACUGAUGUGAAUUAAGGACUUAAUUCACGUGGGGAUCGGUGACAUCGAAUAAGCUGCAGGAUCUUUUUAUGGCUUUAUGGUAGACAACCUCAACACCAAACUUGAUCUCUCUGGAGGAUAUAUGAAGUCAUCUGUCAAUGUAAAUAUGUAAUUGUCGAGAUAUAUUGACUGAAACAAAUAUAGCGCUGCUUUGCUCAGGUUCUGGUUCCCCCCACAAACCUCUGGACCACAUCGGGUGGAGCAGACACACCCUCAGCAGCGGGAUGGAUUACACACGUAUAAGCCGCCACAGGAGGGCGCUAUGAGAUCUGUCUGUCAUGUUUUAGCUGCUGACUGAUUGGAAGGAGCAGUAAUAAGCCAAUAAAUUAACAUGAUGAAAUUAAAUAAAAAUUAAGAGGGAAACUGGGAA